GACGCGAGAGAAUCCAAAUGCAUUGCGCAUGUUCGUUGUGCUCCGCCUUGUUAUACUGUUGUAAAAUCGUCUUCAUCUCUGAGAAACUUGCACCUUACAUGUACUGUAUUUAAUUUUUUUUUUCGUUUUCGCUGUCCUCAGUAUGGACUCUCAAAAAGAGGCCCUACAAAGGAUAGUCACCACAUUGGCCAAUAAGAAUGAGGAGCUCCACAGUUUCAUUGACACACUAAGCCACUCACUGGCAGGGCUACAGAUCAACUCUGCACAAGUGCUUUCAGACGUGGAAGAGGAGUUUGACACCUUGCUCUCCGUCUUGGACGAGAUGAGGGAGAGCAUGACCAACAACAUCAAACAGGAACAGGCCCGGAAAUCGCACGAACUUCAGAAUCAACUCACACAAAGCACCAAUGCUCUGGAGAGCUCCGAAGAGCUGCUGGAGUUUGCAAACAGUGCCCUGGAUAUCAAAGAGGAAGAAGAGUUUGCCAAGGCUGCCAAACAGAUCAAGGAUAGGGUGACCAUGGCCCCUGCCUUCCGCUUGACCAUGAAGCCCAGGGCCACCGACAACAUGACGCACCUCAUGGUGGACUUCUCCCAAGAGAGACAGCUGCUCCAGGGCUUGAAGUUCCUGCCAGUCCCCAGUGCACCAGAAAUAGAGAUCCCAGACUGCCUAGUGGCUGAUAACGUUAUCAGAGUGGCUUGGAGAAUGCCAGUGGAAGACAGUAAGAUCGACCACUAUAUUCUGGAAUACAGGAAGACAAACCACGAAGGGCUACCAAGGGUUAAGGACGAGCGCUGCUGGGAGGUGGUGGAGAACAUCAAAGCCACAGAGUACUCUCUAUCAGGGUUAAAAUUUGACUCCAAAUUCAUGAACUUCCGCAUACGGGCCUGUAACAAAGCAGCAGCUGGUGAUUACUCUGACCCGGUAACCUUGGAAACCAGAGCAUUCAACUUCUGCUUGGACUCCACGUCCUCGCAUCUAAACCUGAAAGUAGAGGAGAGGAAUGUGGAGUGGGACCCACAGGGAGGCAAAGGGCUGGAAAGCAAAGUGAAGGGCAAGGAGAACAAGGGCAGUGCUCAUCUUACCAAUCUGAAGAACAUGUCAAGAAGUGGAACCCCUUCGCCAAAACGCACAUCCACCACAAGGUCACCAGCGAUGAGGGGAAGCAGGGACCGUUUCACAGGAGAAUCCUACACUGUACUGGGGGACACCGGCAUUGAAAGUGGGCAGCACUAUUGGGAGGUGAAGGCUCUGAAAGACUGCAAGUCCUACAGCGUGGGAGUGACCUACAGGAACCUGGGCAAGUUUGACCAGCUGGGAAAGACCAACACCACCUGGUGCAUCCACGUCAACAACUGGCUGCAGACCUCCUUCGCCGCAAAGCACAACAACAAGGCCAAGAGUCUGGAAGUGCCCGUGCCUGACCGAAUAGGCGUCUACUGUGACUUUGAUGGAGGUCAGCUGUCCUUUUACAAUGCAGACAGCAAGCAGUUAGUUCAUAGUUUCAAAACUAAAUUCAGCCAGCCUGUUGUACCAGCCUUCAUGGUGUGGUGUGGAGGUUUAACCCUGUCCACAGGCCUGCAGGUCCCCAGUGCAGUGAGGAGUUUUCAGAAGACUGAGAAUGGGCUAGGGGGCUCUAACAGCAGCCUGAACAGCAUGCCCCAGUAGCUCGCAGGAACCAGGAACACGCCCGCAAACUUCACGCUUCCUGUGCGUGUUAUGUUCUUCCUGUCAGUUCUGAAGAGUACAUCCAGACUUGGACCCUGGGGAGGCCCAAGGUCCUCAAAAAACCGGGGUUCUCAUGGUUUGGUAAAAAAGCCCGUUUGGCCUUCUCUGUCACUGCACCUGAGCUCCGCCCCUUAGGAAGCGCCAUCUUUUACAUUUCCAUUCGAGAAAUGGUAUCAGGAAUGCUAGUCACUUAAUCAGGGAAUAGACAAGAGUGCACUUUUUUCAUUCGUGUGUUAGUCUGAAUGCUGCGUUUUAGAUUUGGUUCUUAAAUGGGUGUUUCCUGGCUUGAGAAAUCCUGUCUGCUUCCAACUGACACCUGUGUAAUUAAUGUAUUUAUUAUUAUUUUUUUAGUUGGCUUGUUUUGUAUGUAUGUACGUAUAUAUGUAUGUAUGCGUAUGAGUGCAAGGAUUAGUGCGAGCGACGUUUAACUUCUUCCCUGGGGCCUCUGCUGCAACGCGCCACUGAGAAUGUGGACCUGAGGAUCGCACCGGAACGAAACUGCACAUUUGCUCUCUACACCAGAAGAUGGUGCACUUCAGUCACAAAAACUUGCAGUCCUGUGUGUGCAACACUGAGUGGUGCUUUUGACGCACCCCUCAUAUUAUUCACCAAAACCACUGCCUGGAAUUGUCCCUCGAGGAACAAGGCUGGCACGCGGACUGAAGGCACAGCUAAAAAGCAAACACUGUGGCACUGUUGCUGUUGUGAAUCACAUUUUUCAACAACUACUCAAAUGCUGCCCGGUUAUCAUUGUACAUUUGAAUAGAAAUUCAUGACAUACCAUAUUCAGUUAAAUGGUUGGCCUUGAAAGAAAUAAACACAUUCAUAACUCUUUGGACAGAGUUGUUUAUGUAAUGGAGGGUAACCUUUACAAAAAUGUUGGUCUGUUGUACUGAAAUUAACAGUUUCCAUUCAAGCGUUUCCACUACCAAAGAUGUUUCUGUUUUUUUUUGCUGUUUAUGUUAACAUCAAGAACAUUAGCCACUUGGUAAUGGCCCAUGCAAUACUUUAUGUUCUGUGGCAUCAUUUCUAGUGUCCCCACAUGUUGAAAGAGCUUAAUGACUGUAAGGAGUAGUCCUUAACAGGGAAGACUUUGAGUUGUAUCGCAAACAGUUCUGUUUUUGAAAGCUGCUGUUUAAUUAGUUGAAACUACCUUUGGAUUUCCCCUGAGAGUCCAUGUUUCCCGUAGUACCUUUACAGAGAAGAGGGUGAAUACGUGUCCCUGGACUCAUUAACCCAGGGUUUAGUAGGAAGUUCAUGACUUGCACUGUGGUCUGUGAAUCCCUACCUAGAUUUUUCAAUAAAUUUGGCUAAAAGCUGUAAUGUUUUGUGUAUUUUCCAUCUUGAUCUAUGCUGCUGUAAUGUGGAAAUGCAUGAGAAAACUAAUCCUAUGGAUUCAGUAUGAGGGCCAACAUAGUGAAUCAAAUCUAUAUCUUGUAUUGAUUUGAUAGUGAUAUUUUAUUUGGUGUGUGAUUCUUUUACGAACAACAGAUGAAUAUGUUUGCCUAUCAGCAAUUGGGCAUAUCUGUAUGGGAAUAUGCAAUUCAGGCGAAAACGUUGUUGAAUGACGUGUAUUGUAAGGCGAUAGACGGAAUAAAAACAAAAAUGCUUUCAA